AAUCUUUUUCCGCAAGAAUCUCUCUUUCUUCCCUGAGGAAAAGAAAACCCACACGAAACAGUGAAGGUUUCUUUAAUGGCGAGACCUAAUCAAGAAGCCAUCGAUACCUUUAUGAGCAUCACCGGCGCAUCCGAAGUCAUCGCCGCUCAAAAACUCGAGGAGUGUGGCGGGGAUCUAAAUGAAGCUGUGAAUGCACAUUUUAGUGAAGGAGAUAGAAACACAUCUGCAAACAUGCACACAACCUAUGUUGCUGCUCCACAAGAUGAUUUCAUGGAUAUUGAUCAAGUGGAACCCCGAGCACCUCCUUUAUCACUUGAUAGAAAUGCGAAUCCAUUUUCUCCUCUUGGUCCAAACUUUAGUGGAAGUUUUUUGGAGAGUAGUUCUGAUUUUACAAACUCCACACCCUUUGUGACACAUCCAAAAGAAGUUAGGGAAGUUCCCCUAGAUGUAAAGGAUAGCAAUCAGCCAUCUGGUCAGUCUGGCCAAGCUCCUAUUAUUGGGGAUGUCUCUGAAUCUGUGCAUGCACAUGGCUCGGACCCUCAUGGGAGUGUUUCAAUUGAUGAAGGUGUUGAUCAGAACAUUUCAGCUGCUGCAACUGCUCAGGCUACACUGCAUGAUGGAGAAGAUCAUAUUUUGGGUGAUGGUUCUCACGACAGGAACAUUAGACCCAAUGCUUCUGGAUUUGAGAGGUUGCCAGAUGAUAGCGAUGACAUAGAAGAAGAAAUGAUUCUAGCUGCUAUUGAGGCUUCAAAGCGGGAGGUUGAGGGUGCACACAAUGACUUAGCUGACCUGGAGCCUCAGCAAAGGCAAUCUCACUCGGAUGAUGCUGAACUUGCACAUGCAGUUUCAUUGUCCCUGAAGACGGCAGAGCAAGAGAGAGCAUUGCAUGAGCGAGGGGAAAGUGCUGGAGCAUCAAAUGUUGGAGAUUCUGAGCCAGCUGAGGGGGAGCCAGGAAAGUUAGCUGCAUCAAAUGUGAGGUUGGAGCCUAGAAACUCAUCCAUCCAAGAGGAAGCUGAAGAUGUGGAGGAGCAGCCUCUUGCCAGGCAUAGGUCCCAACAUAUGCCUUCUGGCUCUGUUGACUCUGCCAAUGAUGUUUUAGUAGUUGAGGAUAGCUCACCAUCAAGUCCUGGAUGGCAUGGUAUGGGUAAUCAUCCACAGAACAACGGAAAUGCCUUCCAAUCUGAUGAGUGGGGAGGGAUUUCUUCUGUGGAGCACGAUGAAGCAGUCAUGCUGGAGGCUGCAAUGUUUGGUGGAAUUCCUGAAGGGCCUGGAUAUCGUUCUGCCUAUGCACCUCAUCAUUUCAUGCAAGCCGGGGGUCAUUAUCCCCAGUGGCCACAACGCCCUCCAUCACCCUCACUGACCGCACAGCGCAUGAUUCGGGAACAACAGGAUGAUGAAUAUCACGCGUCUUUGCUGGCUGACAAAGAAAAAGAAUUAAAGGCCCUGGAGGAAGCCGAAGCUCAUCGCUUAGAAGAGGAAGCUGCUAGAGAAAAAGCUCGUGAAGAAGACAGACAAAAAGAGGAAGAAUCUCGCAGGAAAUUGGAGGAAGAACAGGAAUUGGAGAGACAACUGGCUGCAAAAGAAGCUUCUCUUCCAGAGGAACCAGGAUCGGAUGAUGAAAAUGCUGUAACCCUUCUGGUACGGAUGCCGGAUGGUAUACGCCGUGGGCGCCGAUUUCUUAAGUCUGACAAGCUACAGUUUCUUUUUGACUUCAUAGAUAUUGGUAGAGGGGUCAAACCUGGCACUUACAGAUUGGUGAGGCCAUACCCUAAGCGGGCUUUCAGUGAUGAGGAGAGUGCUUUGACACUGAAUGAACUCGGGCUGACCAGCAAACAAGAGGCUCUGUAUCUGGAGUCGAUUUAGCCAACAGGCUCCAAAAUGUAGAAAAUUAAUCACAUGAAUAUUAUUUAGUUUAUAAAAAUAUGUAAAAGAUGCAUGAAAUAUGGGAUCCCAUUUGGUUUGGUGUUGGGGUGAGAUACAUUGAAUUUGGGGGAGAUGAACAACAUCUAUUCUUGACCAUACAGGAAUGGUGCCUGGAAGUGUUAUGGUUUGGUUUUGUGACCCA